GAAGGUGCAAGAUGGAGGUUGAAGCGGAAGAGCAGCCUAAGGUGCAUCAUCGCAAGAUGGGACCGAAAGGGUCAAAACAUCAACAAGAUGUUCAAGACGAGGCAAUGGUUGACGUAUUCGUAGACAACGGCCGAUGUUUAAACCUGCUCGAGAGACGUGCCUACAUUCCUCUUAGCAUACAGCGUAUGAUGGCAUCGGGUCCGAUAAACGGACUGGAGAUUGCUUACUAUCCUUGGAACCUCGGCAAACGAAACGAAGCUCGCCCAAAAGAGCAAGAGAAAGCCGUGAAAGAGCAAGAGAAAGCUGUGAGAGGGAGAAGCCAUGAGCAGAGGAAAAGCCAAGAACAAAGAGCACGAAAAGAGCAAAAUCAAAUGCAAGAAAGAAAAGGCAGCGAAGCCGCUGGCAUUGUAAAUUUGUAA